GUCCACGUGGUGCGCUCCUCUGCGUUUUGCAGCGGCUGUUAUCCCUUACCGGUUAUGCUGUACGACAGUUUGCGACAGUGCCGCACGUGGAGAGAAGCUCGGUUGUAUUGAGAUACCGGUAGGGAGAGCAAGAGAGAGAGCGAGCGAGCGAGCGAGUAUGUGUGAGAGAGAGUGAGAGAGGGAGCAGAGCAGAGCAGAGCAGAGCAGCCGUGAGGAGCCACCGGAUAGACUGUGGAGACCUGAGCUGAGCUGCGGGCAUCGGCUGAGCCCAGCGACCACAGAAAUACAAAAAGAAAUCAAAGAACAAGAAACAAGAGCUCUGUGUUGACGCUACCGGUUCCAUGCCGUAUGGUCACUAGCCGUGGUAUCGACAGAACAAGCGGAAGGGACUUGCAGAGACUUUUUAUUUAUAGGUUAUUUUUACUUUUCAGAAUUUUGCUUUUUUGUGUAUUUUUUGUUAUUUUUUCUGGGUUACUCGACGUCUUGCCUAGGGGCGCAAAUCCCAGAAAAAUGGACUAUGAUUUUAAAGUCAAGCUGACAAGUGAGAGGGAGAGAGUGGAGGACCUGUUUGAAUACGAGGGUUGCAAAGUUGGAAGAGGUACUUACGGACAUGUCUACAAAGCCAAGAGGAAAGAUGGAAAGGAUGACAAAGACUAUGCUUUAAAACAAAUAGAAGGUACUGGAAUUUCUAUGUCUGCCUGUAGGGAAAUAGCGCUUUUACGUGAGCUAAAACAUCCAAAUGUCAUUUCGCUGCAAAAGGUUUUUUUGUCUCAUGCAGACAGGAAAGUGUGGCUUCUUUUCGACUACGCAGAACAUGACUUAUGGCAUAUAAUUAAAUUUCAUAGAGCUUCAAAAGCAAACAAGAAGCCUGUUCAGUUGCCUCGAGGGAUGGUGAAGUCACUUCUGUAUCAGAUCUUAGAUGGCAUUCACUAUUUGCAUGCAAACUGGGUCUUACACAGAGAUUUGAAACCAGCUAAUAUUUUAGUAAUGGGUGAAGGUCCUGAACGAGGAAGAGUUAAAAUAGCUGAUAUGGGUUUUGCUAGGUUGUUUAAUUCACCAUUGAAGCCUUUAGCAGAUUUAGAUCCUGUGGUAGUUACAUUUUGGUACCGAGCCCCUGAACUUCUACUUGGAGCAAGGCAUUAUACCAAAGCUAUUGAUAUUUGGGCUAUAGGUUGCAUAUUUGCUGAGCUGUUAACUUCAGAACCAAUAUUUCACUGUCGACAGGAAGACAUCAAGACUAGUAAUCCCUAUCACCAUGACCAGUUAGACAGAAUAUUCAAUGUCAUGGGUUUUCCUGCAGAUAAAGAUUGGGAAGACAUAAAGAAGAUGCCUGAACAUUCUACACUGAUGAAAGACUUUCGAAGAAAUACGUAUACUAACUGCAGCCUUAUUAAAUAUAUGGAAAAACAUAAGGUGAAACCUGAUAGCAAAGCAUUCCACUUGUUGCAAAAGCUGCUUACAAUGGACCCAAUUAAGAGAAUUACCUCAGAACAGGCUAUGCAGGACCCUUAUUUUUUAGAAGAUCCACUCCCAACUUCAGAUGUUUUUGCUGGCUGCCAAAUUCCAUAUCCAAAACGAGAAUUCUUGACAGAAGAGGAACCAGAAGACAAAGCAGACAAAAAGAACCAACAGCAACAACAGGGUAAUAAUCAUACAAAUGGAGGAGGACACACAGGGACCCAAGACAACAGUCAUGCACAAGGACCUCCACUGAAGAAAGUCAGAGUGGUUCCUCCUACGACUACCUCAAGUGGAUUGAUUAUGAGUUCUGAAUACCAACGCUCCAAUCCACAUGCUGCUUAUCAGAAUCCUGGACCAAGCACAGCACUACCCCAGAGUAGCAUGGGUUAUUCAUCUACCUCCCAGCAGCCCCCCCAGUAUUCUCACCAAACACAUCGGUACUGAUCUGUUCCCGGGGAAUUCCUGUGCAAAGUCAGAGGGGGGCUGCAGGACUAUACAGACAAGUCUUGAAACAAAGUGAGAGAGAGAGACAGAGAAAAGCAGUCCAUUCUGUGGCUGUGAGAAUGUACUGUAAGACCAGACCCCCAAAAACUUUUCUGCUUGCCAAGUUUUUUAAUUGUCACAGAGCUAGUGGGGGCAUAGCUGUGAUUCCAGAAUGUCUGGUUAGACUUGAAAACAAUCAAACAAAACAACAAAGAAGAUGAUUAAAUAAAAACGACUCAAAUAGCACUAGCACCAUUUUUGUCAUUGAUAUGCUACUUUUCAUAAUUUACUUUACCUGUUGCAGUCGGGCUUAAUUAAAUAUCAAUUUUCAGUCACAGACUUUAGCAGUUUAAAGCUGUGAAAGUGCUAGAGCAUAAGUGUGUUUUAUUGUUGAAGAUGAAUGUUCUUACUGAAAUAUCUGACCAGUCACACAGAUAAAAAAUACAUAAUCCUCCAAAUUGGUACUUGAAAUGUAAAUGUCUUGUUAUUUAACAUAAUUCACAAUCUCAGCCUGCAAAGAAAAAAUGAAGCAAAAAGCAACUUAUACAGUAUAUAUGAUAGGAUUAUUGGUACACAUUUAGUGACUUUGUGAAUUGGUUAAUUUUCACAUUUAUCAGUGUUUUAUGCUCAGUGUGUGGAGAUUUUUCUAUUGUUAAGCAUUUUAUUUACCAUCUUCAGAUUAAUCUCCCAAAGACUGGCGAUGUACUUUUUUGUGUUUGUGUGUGUGUGUGAAUAAAUGAGUGUGUAUGCAAGCCUCUGCAUCUGUGAUCAUGUGUGUGUGUGCGUGGGUAUGUAUGUGUGCAUGUAAUAUGAUAAAUUGUGUGUAUACUGCCUUGACUCUGUUUCCUCUUUUAAUAUUUUUUUCUUUUUCUGUUACAUACGACUUGACUGAUAAUACAGCUGCUAAAUUACCAACAAUAAAUAAGAAUAAUAUUGUCUCUAAAA